UCACACCUUUCUUUAAAAAAGAAAAAAAGAGGCAAAUAUAGGAUUAUAUUACGAACUGGGAAAUUCUCAAUAAGAAAAAAAAGGGUUGCUCCUAAAGAAAUUUGUUUUCAUCAAUGGAGCCUAGAGGUGCUUGCAGAUCAAACAGGUCUUCAUUUGAGAAAUGGGUGGCAAUUGUAUUGACCUUUCUAGCUGUGGUUUCACCUCUCUACGUCAACCAAAAGCCAACAGAGCUGGAGCUUGAAGAGCAAUCCAUGGACUUCACCUCAUGGUUAUGUCUCCUGUUUGUGCUACUGCUCUUGGCCUUUGCUUUCUGGCUUUACUUGAACCAGAGCUUUACCAGGUUCGACCGUCAUUGGAUUAGGCCGAGCAGGUAUUCAUCAUAUGAAAGACUGGUUGCAAUAGGCUUGAUAGUCUUAGGUGUUCUUUCUCCUCUUUAUAUCAACAAGGGCACGAGUGAGCUCGAACCUGAUGAGCAGCCCAUCAACUUUGCUUCUUGGUUGCCUCUUCUGCUAUUGAUAUUAACCUUGGCCAUCGCUACAUUGCUUUUCUGUGAUAGAGGCUGUACGAAGUUCGAUCCUAACUGGAUUCAUAGAGUUGGGGGUUCUUCUGCUGGGAUCUUACUGGUUCUUUUGAUUCUUGCUGUCGUUUUGAAGUGUAAGAAUGCCGGUUGAAGUUGAAUUUCUAACAACAGGAAGUGAUUCAUUAAAGAACACAAGUCAUGAAGCUUCUGUUUCUGUCAAUGUCUUGGAGACGAAGGUUCUCUGUUUCAUAGUUGCAGCCUUGCAGGUAUUAGACCAUGUCAUUGUAAGAAGAACGAAUGUACAGUUUACUGUUAAACUGGUGUUUUAUCCAGUUGUGUACGGUUUCCAUAAUCCCUGUAACAGGGCUUUACCACAAAGCCAAGCUCUAUACUUGACUAUAUUGGACGCAUGGUGUGAAUGUAGUUCAAGUGUUCAACAAUGUCACCUGCUCACGUAUGCAUAAAAUGUAGAUUCAAGAUAAA